CUGAGCCGUCACUCCCUCACUCUCCUGUUCUGCGCGUAACGAGCGCGCGCGUCUCCUCUCUCUCUCUCUCUCUCUCUCUCUCUCUCUCUCUCUCUCUCUCACACACACACUCUUCGUCUUUUCACUUUUGGACAUCAAUGAGCGCGCGUCUCGGAGCUCGCGGCCAGUGGAGAACUGUAAGCCGGAGAGCGCGCGCGUGCGUGCGUGCGUUAACUAACACAGAAAAGAGCGUGUAAACAUCGCAGUAAUGCUCACAUCAACGCCUCACGUGCACCAGUGAUUCAUCAUCAUCAUCAUCAUCACCAUCAUCAUCAUCAUCAUCAUCAUCAUCAGUUUUCAUUUCCUGGUUAGAGUCCGCGUGCACUUCAGAGGACGCGCAAAGAACUUAAACAUGUACGCUGCAGUGCUCGCGGCAGUGUUCGGAGUGGUGGGCGUGUUCUCGGCUCAGCAAGUGUGUCAUUCAGGACAGUACACCACCAGCGGCGAGUGCUGCAAACAGUGCCCGCCGGGCGAGGGCGCGGUCAAGCCGUGUGGAGAGACGCAAACAGUGUGUCAGCCGUGCCUCGACAGUGAGACGUUCUCGGAGAGCUUCAGCCACACAGCAAAAUGCAGGAAAUGCACAGAGUGCACUGGGCUGUUACGCAUGGAGACGCCAUGCACGGAUGCCAACGACGCCACCUGCGUGUGCGACUAUGGCUACUUCAUGUCACCCAUAACGGGGCAGUGCCAGGCGUGCACGGCGUGUCCAUUGGGCAGCGGCGUGCUGAGGCGCUGCGCCCUCGAGCAGGACACCAUAUGCGAGAUGUGCAUGGACGACACAUACUCAGACCAGGAGAGCGAGCUCAACUUGUGCCUGCCGUGCACCAUCUGCGAGGAUACAGAGGAGCUCCAGCACUGCACCGCCGUCAGCGACACCGUGUGCCAAGACUCGAACCUUCUGAAUUCUUCAAGCACACCACUGUCCUCUCUGGAGCCAUCAGAACCUCUGUUCAACUUCACCACCUUUCCAUCGGAAUACCUGCCAGAACCCAUGGAGAACAUGCCCACCACUGGUCCUGAACCCAAGACACUGGGCCUAGGUGAUAAUCUCAUUCCCCUGUAUGCCUCCAUUGUACCUGCUGUGCUGCUCGGCCUCUUUGCCUUCAUCGUCAUCAAAAGGUGGAAGAGCUGCAAACACAACAAACAAGAUGGUAGUACUCGAUCGGGCACGGAGAACCCGAGCCAGACGCCGUCACCGGAGGGAGAAAAACUGCACAGCGACAGUGGCAUCUCUGUAGAUAGCCAGAGUUUACAGGAGGGACAAGGCCUGGCACAAACAGUGGUGAAGAUCGACGAAGGCCUGAGUUUGCCCCUGCAUGCUAGCAAAGAGUUGGAGAAGCUCCUGGAUGAUGCGGCACCGCUGGAAAACGACUGGUCCAGCCUGGCCGGCUUGCUCGGGUACGAAGAAGAGCGCAUUGCCUCUUUCGGCCAGGAGGAGAGGCCAGUCCGAGCGCUGCUGAGUGACUGGGCGAGCCGUGACUCUGCCAGCGUCGACGCGCUGUGCGCUGCACUGAGGAAAAUCAACCGGGAAGAUCUCGCUCAGAGCAUCAUGCCCAAGUCCACGGCUACCUCCGUCGUGUGAUGAUACACACACUUCUGCUCAUCAAGCCAUAGCUCCUGCUUACACAACACAACCACACGCUAAACUAAUGUAUUACACGGUCUGGUCGUGCUCAUUUCAAAUGUUAACGCCAUCAAGCCUAAACGUCAGGUUGUCAGGUUUCGCAUGUACCUUUCGUUUAGAACCAGCAAGCCGACAUGCAUCGUCAGCACCACCCAAGCCUCUGCGCUCACACAGCAACGAUGCACCGAAUUUAAUUGUUUCUCAGUUUAACACGAGACUUAAUGGGUACAAGAACGCUCCAUUUUGCCAGCGUGAAAGAUUUUGUUCACAUUUGUUGUUUGUGCACACUGAUUGGCGCCGUCGCGUUUUCUCGUUUUUGGCCUAGUUGUAAUGAUCACAUUAAUUCAAUUCAAUUCAAUUCAAUUUUAUUUGUAUAGCGCUUUUUACAAUAGACAUUGUCUCAAAGCAGCUUUACAGAAAUAUCAACACGGUAUACAGAUAUUAAAGGUGCGAAUUUAUCCCAACUGAGCAAGACACUGAGUGGUGACGGUGGCAAGGAAAAACUCCCUAAGAUGUUUUAAGAGGAAGAAACCUUGAGAGGAACCCGACUCAGAAGGGAACACAUCCUCAUCUGGGUAACAACAGAUAGUGUGAAAAAGUUCAUUAUGGAUUUAUCUGAAGUCUGUAUGGCGUUAGGAGCAGCCGUAGUCCCAGCAGUCUGGAAUUAAAGAAGAUUUGAGCUCCAUCCAUUAAUCACUGCAAAUUUGGUUUACUCUAACAAUAUGGCUUCCACCCUUACUAUUCAGCAACGCACAAAAUAGCACUUGAUGUGACGAGUCCUAUUAUUUUGCAUUUUAUAAUUUUUUUUAUAUCGCACACACGAUUCAAAUGAAGUCAGGAAAUCACAAUUGCAUACUGUACGUGGACAGCACAGCUCAUUUUAAGUGAAUUCAUAAUUUUAGUUCAUUUCAACGUGAUUAGCGAAUUGGACGACGGCAGACUGAAUGACAAAACAAGCCGUGUGAACGCAGGGUGCUUCGGUCGUCUGUUUUCCGAAUCCCACCCGGACAAAUCUAUCGAUCUAUCCAAUUCUGUCUGUACCGCUAAUGCAAUUAUAAUCUUUAUCUUCGGUCCACACACUUCGGCUAAUCAAAGCUUCGUUGAAUCCGUCGUAACGAGGGUUGUAAAUUGUGUAAAAUACGUCAUAAAUAUGCAAUGUUGAACAGUGUGCGAGGCGAAUAACACAAGCCUUGCUCUCCAGAGGCUGAGAGACUGCUGGCACCAAAAAACCACUUGGAUGAACUUCAAAGGAGAAAGUCGAGCCUCAGAUAAAGUGAUUUAUAGACGCUGUGGUGAAAGAAGGAGAGUAAAAAUAAGACGUGCUAAGAAUGUGGGCUAAUGCUAACAGAUUUUAAGAAAUUAUUUUGUUGCCAUGGUAACACAUUGUUGUCGCAAUGCAUUUUUUUGUUGCCAUGGUAACACUUCUUUUUUGUCAUGAUAACUGUUUUUCGCCAUGUUAACCCUUUGGUGUCAUCACUAGAACGUUUUGUUGUUACCGUAGUAACCCUGUUGCCAUGAUACGUUUUUGUUGCCGUUGUCGCAACAACGCUUUGUUACCAUAGUAACCCUGUCAUUGUGAUUCUUCUUUGUUGCUGUGGUUGUCACAGCAACUGUUUUGUUGCCAUGAUACAUUUUUUACUUGCUAUGGUUGUCCUAAUCAGUUUUUUUGUUGCCAUGGUAACUCUUUGUUGCUAUUCAGCAGGUUGCCAUGAUCAUUUCCACUAGCUAAAACAUUGAUAAAUUACUAACAAGCAUCGAUUUUCAGUUUUCAGGUUCUUUUAAUCAUUUUCUUUCUCAUUUUUUCCCUUCAAAUUGGUUUGAAGUUUGAAGUAAAGCGCGAAAAAUUUUAUGGACGGACAACAAAGUAUUGGUGUCAUGGUGGUCCAGUUCUAAUGCUGGGAAACAGUAUACUGUUGUUGUUUUUCUUGAACAGGAAGGUAAGUUGAUCUCGGUAGUUACCUGGCCAGGGUCAUCACCAUGACAAAAGAGCUUGGUCAUAUCGUCGUGACCUAGAUCAAGAAUGACAAGCACACUUUCUGGAAAAAAACAAGCUCUCUCUCCCUCACUGGUCACCCCAUUUGAAUACUUCAGGUUAACUAAAAUCAAAUGACUUAAAUGAAGGCUGUAAUAUGUGAGAGAAAUAUAAGCAUAAGCAGCACACAUUGACCGCUGCCUUAAUACGAACCAGAAACAACAAAGAAUCCAACAUGCAAAGCGUCACGGCAGGUUCUUCCUCAGGCAUUCGGGCCGAUCUGAAAUCAGUGGGCUGAAAUUGAAACGUCAAGUAACUAAGACAGGCCAGGUGUAUAUACGCAUUAAAAAGGACAUUUACAAAGACUUUAAACAUAAUGUAAAUGUAAUAUAAGCUCACAUUAAAAAAAAAAAAAAAAAUCUCUCCACCUUGCUCAGAUCUUGCUUAGAGUUAGAUUUCAGGCCCGAGGAUUAACGAAAUAAAUACUGUGUACUGUAAGUGAAGGCAACUUUAAACAUAAUGUACAAACUGGUGGAUAUAAACAUCCAACGCAUUGUUAGCGACAUUAGCCCUGGUCUAAACCGACAAGGAAAACCCCAACUACGUUUGGUCUACAUGUCCUUUUUGGUCCAAGCUGUUCCUUUAACUCGAACUUUAACUCUGAACGAUUUAUUGUUGGAGUGUGGUACUAAUGAAGGUACAGAGCUGAAUGAAAACGAGAAACAGAUAUCCAGAGGCACAGAAUUAUCACAAGGUUUUAACACUAGUGACACUUUUAAACCUUUUAAACGUCACAUUCGUUGUCCACCGUAAAGCGUUACUUGGCUCCGUGCCAUCACCGGCGGAGGAUUUACUGCGUUAAACGGAAGUUUAAAAAGACGUUUCGACUUUUCAUGAUGAACAGGAGAUGACAGGAGGCCUGUGUUAGGGGUCGAGGGUGUACGGUUCUCUUUUGAUUCUGACAGAGCAGAACGCCUGGCUGUAAAUCCUCAGGAGACAUUCAAAGCAGAAGCGAUAAACUGGUCUGGCCUCAUGUUUAAAAAAGAAAAAAAAAGAUUUCAAUCACCUGUUCUUCAAGUUUUACUUUAGAAAUGACCCCAAACGUCGAUGUGCUUGGUGUCUGAAAUUUGCUUCAAGCCUAAUUACAUAUGAAAAGUCAUCGAGGCAUCUUGCAUUGUAGGAUUUCUCUGGAGCAUAUUAACUCUGAAAGCAGGCAGAAAUAAAAUACCAAUUAUAAAUCCAACUAGAAUACUGCAAAAAGACAUCUGUAUCUAAAUGACACUAUUUAUGACUGCUUCAUUAAUAUUAAGUUUUUAAAAAAGUUUUGUCAUGCUUAGUAUAUGUAUUGAUCUAUCUGGUUUAUGAAUCAGCGAUCGCUACGGCCAGCUGCUUAACUAGCAUGCUAGCUACUGGAAAUAAAACAUUAACGUACACAAUACAACACAGUUCCACAGCACACACUUUUGAAUAAUUCCCCUCUAUGAUAUAAGAUGAAAUACGAUAGAAAAAAAAAAAUAAAACAACCAGUGCAGCCAAAUACAUCUUUUAUUGACAGAAAAGAUUUGAGUCCAAGAUGGCUGCCCUCAGCUACACAGUGAAAUUUGGUUGAUGUUUAUGGAUGGCAGGAAGUCUCACUGGGUCCUAAACACCGUCAGCAAGUCCGCUUCAGACAUUUUUGAAUGAAACAGAUUUCCACUGCAUGUUAGCUACAUUAGUUUGUAAUUCAUUUCCGCCAAAUUGUUCCUUUUAUCAGGAAAGGAAGCCAGGAUGCAAGUUUUCGUUCACACACGGUAUAUAAAUAUCUCACUUGUAAUGAAGGUAUUCCCUUUUUGUAGGAGGGAGUUUCUAAUUUUCUUACCAAGAAGUGUAAUUAGGUUUUUCUUUUAUGUUCUUUUUUUACUUUUAUUAUUAUUAUUAUUAUUAUUAUUAUUCGUUAAAAAAAAAAAAAACAGAUUAGGGUGUAGCACUUAAAAGUAUAAAUAUAUAUAGAGUCUCACAAGUGCCUGAAAGAAAAAUGAGGUUUGCGUUUCUGUAACAAUAUCUUUGUUGUUCAUUUCAAUUACUCAACGCUUGGUCUCGGUUUCUUGAACAACAGAAACCACUGGGUCAGCAAGGGGUGGAGCUUAAACGGACCACAUCACCGCGAAAGCAUAAAAUACUGGGUUUAUUUACAUACUUUAACAAUUUAGUAGUGUUACCAAAACGCAACACUGACCCCGGGGUAACUAGUAAGCUUUGCUAAUAUUAACAAAUGUUUGACCUGGUUUGCUAGCUAACAUUAUGCUAAGCAUUAUAUCGUAUGGUCAAAACAUAAUAUACAAACAUUCUCACAAGCUUGCUAACUGCAUAAUAUGUGUGUAAUACUUUACGGAAGCUAGCUAACGCAAAUCGGUGAUGUCAUAUGAUGUGAUUUUUGAUUGGCUGAUUAAAUUUGACUUAAGCCCCACCUCUUGUUGAUUCUGCAGGGCUGUGGUUAUUUCUGUCACAACGUUGUAAUUAACCCUAUUGCUAUUUUCCGGUUAGUGGUUCUGUAGAUGUUGAAGAUAUUACUCACUGGUCUUGGUAUUACAAAUAAGAGGCAAAAAUCAUCAUUUUUCAAUCCUGCGCUUAUUUGAGUAGCAUGAUGGAGCUGAAGCGAAGGAAGUGAAGGAGGAGACACCAAGUGGCUUGUGGGUAAUUUAUCCUGGGAAGUGUUUUCAGUGGGUCGGGGGGUAGUGAAUAAUGUACAAAAUUCUGAAUGUUCCUUGUAUUUACUUCUAUGUACGCUGUAUCAUAUAAAUGUGAAUUCGCUAUAAUUCUUGAAUGAAAUGGUUGAGAAACAAGGAAAUAAACUAAUUUGAGUUGCAACACCAUA